UUGUGGGAGGACAAUACUAGGAGAUGGAUCUUUGGAAGGCGGUAAUCUGGCUGGUGGUUCUAUCCAUCGACAGCAGAUGUGUGUUCAGUGAAGAAGCUCGCUAUGACAACUACCGGGUUUAUCAGGUGACCGCGAAGACGAACCAACAUCUGGCCACGCUGGAUCAGCUAAAGUUCUCGAGUGAUAGUUACAUUUAUUUGGAGAGUGGCCACAAGGUGGGCGAUAAGUUCAACAUCGUGGUGGCUCCGCACAAGUUGUCCGACUUUGUUGAGACGCUGGAAACGGAAGGAAUGUGCGGUCGGCUGCUGUCCACGAACCUGCAGGAGUUGAUUGACGAAGAGAAGAACCGAAUCAAGUCGAAGCGAAACAAUCAAGUGUUUGAUUGGAAUGAGUUCCACGACCUGGACGCGAUCCAUGGGUGGCUAGACAAACUGGCUACGGAGUACAAGCAAGUGGAAGUGAUCGAAGCUGGACGAUCUUACGAGAAUCGUACGCUGAAGGGUGUCAAAGUGUCGUACAAGUCUGGCAAUCCCGGCAUCUUCAUCGAGGGAGGCAUUCACGCUCGCGAGUGGAUCUCCCCGGCCACGGUGACCUACAUCUUGAACCAACUCCUCGUCAGUGAAGACCCGAGUGUUCGCAAGAUCGCCGAAAACUACGACUGGUACAUCUUCCCGAGUGUCAACCCCGAUGGAUACGCUUACAGUCACCGGAGAGACCGUCUCUGGCGCAAGACACGAACCCCGUACUCUGGUGGUUGCUACGGAGCCGAUCCCAACCGCAACUGGGACUUUUACUGGGCCGAAAAGGGAGCCAGCCAUCGCUGCACGUCGGAAUCCUUCGCCGGACCGUACCCAUUCUCCGAAAGUGAAACCAAAGGUCUGUCCGAGUACCUAGAUUCCCUAAAAGGCAAAAUCCAAGCCUACAUCGCGUUCCACUCGUACUCGCAGCUCUUGCUCUUCCCGUACGGACACACCACCGAGCACACGCCCAACCACAAAGACCUGAGUGAGAUCGCAAAGGCAACGGUCACCUCGCUGGCCAAGCGUUACGGCACCAAGUACCGGUACGGAAAUGUCUACGACGCAAUCUAUCCGGCCAGCGGAGGAAGUGGGGAGUGGGCGUACGGAGUGCAGAACAUCAAGAUCGUGUACACGUACGAGCUGCGACCGGCCGGAGGUUGGGUCGGAUUUGUGCUGCCCCCGGAGCAGAUUGUCCCGACCGGGGAGGAAACGCUGGACUCGUUGGUGACGCUGGUGGAGGAGACCGAACAGAGGGGUUACUUUAAGGUGUAAUGAGGUGAGGAAGGGGAAUGUGUGAUGACAAAAAAUGUUGAUGGUACAAUAAAUAAUU